AGAGCAGCACGCGAGCCCAGCCUCCACGAAGAGAAAAUGGCGGAAUGGGCCUUCGCCUCCAUUUUACAGUGGCUGUACUCAACCGCUGUAUCUUGGAAGCUUGGUUCUGAUUGGGUGAGAAGGAACUUUUUUCGACAACUCUUAUUGGAUAAUAAGUGCGCAGAACACUUGCCUCGUAGGCCAGCCGUAGAGAAGGAUGUCCCGGGUGCAGGCGAAGUUUUGUUCAUGUGUUCCUGGAGGAUUUUUCCCGUGGCAAGCCCUUCUCCAUCCUCCAGCAUCUCAGGCCUGGUCAUGGGAAAGCAUAGCUGGAGGGCCCGCCGGAAUCGCAGCUGACAGGCCUGAGAGCAGUGGCACGCACACGCACACAGGCGGCACCCAGCACGAGGAUUUGGAGAAAUGAGGCAAAUUCCUGAUGAUGGGUGGGGAGGGGGUCCCCAGCCACCUGGGAGCUGGCAGGUGGCCCAUGGUGAUGAAAGCCCAGGGGAAUGGAAACAGAGGAGCAAGCCUGUUGUAAUCGCUACGCCCACUUGGUGGCCUAUGAAGGAAGCGUGUGAACCCCGGCAGCCCUACACAACUUGGGGCCCCUCUCCUCUCCAGCCCUUCUCCUGUGUGCCUGCCUCCUGCCGCCGCCACCAUGACCACCACCAUCCGCCAGUUCACCUCCUCCAGCUCCAUCAAGGGCUCCUCCGGCCUGGGGGGCGGCUCGUCCUGCGCCUCCUGCCGGCUGUCUGGUGGCCUGGGUGCUGGCUCCUGCAGGCUGGGAUCUGCUGGCGGCCUGGGCAGCGCCCUAAGGGGUAGCACCUACUCCAGCUGCUACCGCUUUGGCUCUGGCGGUGGCUAUGGCAGCAGCUUUGGGGGCGUUGAUGGGCUGCUGGCCAGAGGUGAGAAGGCCACCAUGCAGCACCUCAAUGACCGCCUGGCCUCCUACUUGGACAAGAUGCGCACUCUGGAGGAAGCCAACACUGAGCUGGAGGUGAAGAUCCGUGACUGGUACCAGAGGCAGGCCCCGGGGCCCGCCCAUGACUACAGCCAGUACUACAGGACAAUCGAGGAGCUGCAGAACAAGCCCCUUGGAGCCUCAGUGAGCAGCCAGGACCUGGAGCUGCAGGUCCGAGCAGCCUGGGCUGAAGUCCCUGAUUCCCACGGCAGGUUUGAGACAGAGCAGGCCCUGCGCCUGAGUGUGGAGGCCGACAUUAAUGGCCUGCGCAGGGUGCUGGAUGAGCUGACCCUGGCCAGAACCGACCUGGAGAUGCACAUUGAGAACCUCAAGGAGGAGCUGGCCUACCUGAAGAAGAACCAUGAGGAGGAGAUGAACGCCCUGCGAGGCCAGGUGGGCGGUGAGAUCAAUGUGGAGAUGGACGCUGCCCCAGGCGUGGACCUGAGCCGCAUCCUGAACAAGAUGCGUGAGCAGUAUGAGAAGAUGGCAGAGAAGAACCGCAAGGACGCUGAGGAUUGGUUCUUCAGCAAGACAGAGGAGCUGAACCGCGAGGUGGCUACCAACAGCGAGCUGGUGCAGAGCGGCAAGAGUGAGAUUUUGGAGCUCCAGCACACCAUGCAGGCCUUGGAGAUCAAGCUGCAGUUCCAGCUCAGCGUGAAAGCAUCCCUGGAGGGCAACCUGGCGGAGACAGAGAACCGCUACUGCAUGCAGCUGUCCCAGAUCCAGGGGCUGAUCGGCAGCGUGAAGGAGUGGCUGGCCCAGCUUCGCUGCGAGAUGGAGCAGCAGAACCAGGAGUACAAGAUCCUCCUGGACGUGAAGACGCGGCUGGAGCUGGAGAUCACCACCUACCACCGCCUGCUGGAGGGCGAGGAUGCCCACCUGACUCAGUACAAGAAAGAACAUAAGCAUCUUCCGGUGACCACCUGUCAGGUGCAUACCAUUGUGAAGGAGGUCCAGGAUGGCAAGGUCAUCUCCUCCCACGAGCAGGUCCACCAGACCACCCGCUGAGGACUCAGCUUCCCCGGCCAGCCCCCCAGGAGGCAGGGAGGCAGCUGCCCCAUUUGCCCCGCAGUCUCCGGCCUCUCCAGCC